AUGAUAACCAGGACGACGGUACUAGGACUACUGCUGCUGCUGUUGAUCGUUGGACCAGAGCGAUCAACGUGCAUGUUCCGUGCAAUGGCGCGAUCAGCGCAAAAAUAUGAUCCCUCGACAACCGUCGAAUAUACUAUGCCCCUAUACAGAACAGCUCAGAGGUUCCCAGGUGGGCCCCUAAGCCUGAAGUACGUGCACGAAGGCAGAGAAGCCACGCUCGGCUCUACUACGGUGUUAGCUGAUGACGAGGAAGUUAACAUGGUGACACUUGUUACGUUGUCGCUUCACGGCUCCGAUGCUGAAGUAAAGACUGAGAGUUUGAACAAAGGCCGAAUGAGGUACAAGGGUAACGGCGAGACCGCUUUACGAAUGCUACACCAAAUGAUGAUGCCGACCAAACAACCUCCGCAAAUAAUUGAGACGGAUUUUGGGCGUGCUACCAGCAGCAGCAACAGCGUCAACACAAAACCAACAAGACCCUGA